GGAAACACCUCCGAGUACUACAUUGAGGAGACAGUUAUUGAGGAGGGUGAGCCACAUGAGGUGGUCACUGAGAUCACUGAGACGGUCAGCACAGAUGUCUCAGGUCCCCAAACCGCCCCAACCACCCCCAGUGUGGAGCAGGAAAAGCCUCCUGGGGAGAAGGUGGCACCUCCAGCCAGGACAAAGACAAUCCGCACUAAAGUGGACCCAGCCAAGUUCUUGACGCCUUACCUGGAGCACAGCAACAAAAUGAAGGACCUGUUCAGUGAGAACAAGUACAAGGAAAAAUUUAGGAAAGAGAGGGGAAAGCCUUAUGCUUCCACCGCUGAUACCCCAGAAAUCCGGAGGAUCAAGAAGGUGCAGGAGCAGCUCAGUGAGGUUAAAUACCGCAUGGCUGGGGAAAUUGCCAGGACUAUCUGCCACGUGGAUGAAAAGGCCAAGGAUAUAGAACAUGCCAAGAAAGUGUCCCAGCAAGUGAGCAAGGUGUUAUAUAAACAGAACUGGGAGGAGAAUAAGGACAAGUACCUGCUGCCCCCUGAUGCUCCAGAGCUUGUGAAUGCAAUAAAAAACACAGCAAUGUUCAGCAAGAAACUCUACACUGAGGAGUGGGAAGGAGACAAAACUCUGUUUUAUCCCUACAAUGACAGCCCAGAGCUCAGGAGGGUGGCACAGGCUCAGAAGGCUCUGAGUGAUAUUGUCUACAAAAAAGGACAUGAUGAGCAGAAAGCCAAAUUUACCUCCCUGCCAGAUCCCCCUGAGGUGGAACUGGCCAAGAAGGUGACAAAGCAGCUGAGCAAUAUUAAUUAUCAUGAGGACUACAAAAACAAAAUCAAAGGCAAGUGGAGUCAAACUCCGUGCUAUGACGUGGCCAUUGCAAAGAUGAAUGCAGAAAAUCUGAGUAUGAGAAAGUACCAGGAAGACUUUGAAAACAUGAAAGACCAAAUCUACUUCAUGCAGACUGAAACCCCAGAGUAUGAAGCCAACAAGAGAGCUUCAGAUAAUGUCAGCAAGGUGAAAUACAGAGCAGACUAUGAAAAGAAGAAAGCUAUUGCAGAUUACAAUGUGCUUCCUGCUACAGAGAACCCACUGCUGAAGCAAUUAAAGACUGCAGGCAAUAUUCUCAGUGAUAAAUUGUACAAAGAAGCCUAUGAGCAGUCAAGAGGCAACAAGAUGAAUUACUGUGACACCCCCAAGUUCCAGACCGACGCUGCUCUGAAGAAUUUCAGCGACGUGAAAUACAAAGAGGCCUAUCAAAAGAACAUUUUGGGGCACUAUCUGGGCAGCUUUGAGGACCCCCAUCACACCCACUGCAUGCAAGUGGAAGCCAUGAAGAGCGACAAAAACUACAAAGCAGAUUACGAGGAGGAGAAGACAAAAUGCUACUUCCCCCAGACCAUAACUCAGGAGUAUGAAGCCAUCAAGAAGUUGGAGCAAUGCAAAGAUCACACCUACAAAAAGCAUCCUGAUCAAACCAAAUUCACUGCAGUCACCGACUCUCCAGUACAGAAGCAAGCAGAGAUCAACAGCAAACAGCUGAGUGAUAUAUUGUAUAAAUCCAAAGGUGAAGAAAUAAUUCACAAGUACCACCUCCCUCCUGAUGUGCCCCAGUUCAUCCAGGCCAGAGUUAAUGCCUAUAACAUCAGUGAUGCUAACUACAAAGCAGACUGGAAGAAAACCCUUUCCAAAGGGUAUGACCUGAAACCAGAUGCCAUUCCCAUUAUUGCAGCCAAAGCCUCUCGGAACAUCGCGAGUGACUACAAGUACAAGGAAUCCUACGAGAAGGACAAGGGCAAACAGGUCGGGUACCGCAGCCUCCAGGACGACCCCAAACUGGUUCACUACAUGAACGUGGCCAAAAUCCAGUCGGACCGCGAGUACAAGAAGGACUACGAGGUCACCAAGACCAAGUACCACACUCCCCUGGACAUGUUCAGUGUGACAGCGGCCAAGAAGGCCCAGGAGGUGGUUACAAACACAGGCUACAAGCAGCCAAUCCACAAUUACACCCUCCUGCCCGAUGCUGUCAGCCUGGAGCUCUCCAGGAACGUGAUGCAGCUUCAGAGCGACAAUUUGUACAAAUCUGACUUCAAUAACUGGCUGAGGGGGGUUGGCUGGGUACCAAUCCAGUCCCUGGAGGUAGAAAAGGCCAAAAAAGCCACGGAGAUCCUCAGUGAGAAGAAGUACCGGCAGCACCCCGAGCAACUGAAGUUCUCCAUCCCCACGGAUGCCAUGGAGCAAGUGCUGGCCAAGCAGAAUGCCAAGACCAUGAACAAGAGGCUCUACACAGAUAAAUGGAACAAGGAGAAGACCACCAUCCACGUCAUGCCAGAUACCCCAGAAAUCCUGCAGUGUAAAGUGAACCAGCUCACGAUGAGCGAUAAACUCUACAAGGCUGGCUGGGAGGAGGACAAGAAGAAGGGCUAUGACCUGCAGCCUGACGCCAUCCCCAUCAAAGCCGCCAAAGCCUCCAGAGACAUCGCCAGCGACUACAAGUACAAGCUGGCCUACGAGAAAGCCAAGGGCAAGCACAUCGGCUUCCGCAGCCUCGAGGACGACCCCAAGCUGGUGCACUUCAUGCAAGUGGCCAAGAUGCAGUCGGACCGGGAGUACAAGAAGGACUAUGAGAAGGCCAAGACCAAUUUCCAAACCCCAGUGGACAUGGUCAGCGUGGUGGCAGCCAAGAAAGCCCAGGAAGUGGCUACGAAUGCCAACUACAAAAACCUGAUCCACACCUACAACGUCCUGCCCGAUGCCAUGAGCAUCGAGCUGGCCAAAAACAUGAUGCAGCUGCAAAGUGAUAAUCAGUACAAAGCAGAGUAUGAUGAAAUGAUGAAGGGGGUUGGGUGGCUCCCACUGGGCUCCCUGGAAGCUGAGAAGAACAAAAAAGCCAUGGAAAUUGUCAGUGAGAAGAAAUAUCGGCAGCACCCGGACAAGCUGAAAUAUUCUGUUCCCAUGGACUCCAUGAACAUGGUCUUGGCUUUAAAUAAUGCCAAAAUCAUGGAUGAGCACAAGUACAAACAAGCCUGGGAAGAAGACAAAAAGAAAAUUCACAUCACCCCAGAUAUUCCCCAGAUUGUUUUGGCAAAAGCAAAUGCAUUUAACAUAAGUGAGAAAAUGUACAGAUCUUCCUUUGAGGAAUCCAGGAAGAAAGGAUACGACCUCAGAGCUGAUGCCAUCCCUAUUAAAGCUGCCAAAGCUUCCAGGGAUAUUGCCAGUGAUUACAAAUACAAGUUGGGAUACGAACAGGACAAGGGCAAACUCGUGGGCUUCCGCAGCCUCCAGGACGACCCCAAGCUCGUCCAUUACAUGCAAGUGGCCAAGAUGCAGUCGGACAGGGAGUACAAGAAGGCCUAUGAGAUGGGCAAGACCCACUACCAGACUCCCACGGACGCCCUCAGCGUGGUGGCCGCCAAGGAGGCCCAAGGGCGUGUGACCAACACCAACUACAAGCGGCUGAUCCACCAGUACAUGCUGCUGCCAGAUGCCAUGAGCCUGGAACUCUACAGGAACAUGAACCAGAUACAGAGUGAUAACGAGUACAAGCAGGAUUACAAGGAGUGGUUCAGGGGCAUUGGGUGGAGUCCCAUUGGUUCCCUGGACGUGGAGAAAUCCAAGAAAGCCACGGAGAUCGCGAGCGAUCAGAAGUACCGGCAGCACCCCAGCCAGUUCCCCUUCACCAAACAGAACGAUGCCAUGGACCUGGUCCUUGCAAAGCAGAAUGCAAAUAUCAUGAACAAACAUGCUUAUACUCAGGCCUGGGAGAAGGAUAAAACAAAGGUCCAUGUGAUGCCAGAUACACCAGAUAUUCUCCAGGCAAAACAGAACAAGACAAAUUACAGUCAGAAACUCUACAAGCUGGGCUGGCAGGAAAUGAUCAAGAAAGGCUAUGACCUCACACCUGAAGCCAUGUCAGUGAAAGCUGCCAAAGCUUCCAGGGACAUUGCAAGUGAUUUCAAGUACAAGGAAGGUUACCGCAAGCAGCAGGGACACCACAUCGGCUUCCGCAGCCUGCAGGAUGAUCCCAAGAUGCUGUGGUCUAUGCAAGUAGCUAAAAUGCAGAGUGACAGGGAGUACAAGAAAGAUUUUGAGAAGUGGAAGACCAAGUUUAAUAUGCCUGUGGAUAUGUUAGGCUUCCUCUUGGCCAAGAAGUGCCAGGAACUGGUCAGUGAUAUCGACUACAAGCGGAUACUGCACCGCUGGACUUGCCUGCCAGACCAGGUUGAUGUCACCGAGGCCAAGAGGGUCAAUGAACUGCAGAGUGAUAACUUGUAUAAGUCAGAUCUACAAUGGCUCAGGGGCAUUGGAUGGAGUCCUCUGGGAUCUCUGGAGUCUGAGAAGAACAAGAAAGCUUCUGAAAUCCUGAGUGAGAAGAAGUACCGGCAGCACCCGGACACCAUCAGGUUCACGAGCAUCCCAGACGCCAUGGAUGUCGUUCUGGCCAAGUCUAAUGCCAAAAACAGGAGUGAUAUCCUCUACAGAGAAGCUUGGAACAAGGACAAGACUCAGGUUCACAUCAUGCCUGACACUCCCGAAAUUUUGCUGGCAAAGUCGAAUUUGAUUAACACAAGUGAUAAACGUUACAAGCUGGGAUAUGAAGAGCUGAAGAAGAAGGGCUAUGACCUUCCUCCUGAUGCCAUCCCUCUCCAGGCAGCAAAGGCAUCCAGGGACAUUGCCAGUGAG